GUUUUAUUAAAUUAAUUAAAGAAAAGAAAGAAAAGAAAGGACAAAAAGAAGAAAAGGAGAAGAAAAUUUCAUUUUCUCUUUUCUUCUUCUUCUUCUCUUCCCUUCACCGCCAAGAGUUUGAAGACAUCCAAGUUCCCUUUAUUUUUUUUUUCUUUUUCCUUCUUCAAUUUGCAGAGAACUUCUAAGAGAGAGUUUGGAAGAAGAAGAGAAAUUUUACUAGAAUUUUUAGGUUGAAGAAGAGGAGGAGAACUCAAGCAAAGUGUAUCAAUGGCUGAAUUUUAGUUCAUUCUGCACAUCACUGGUUUUUAAUUCGGUUUGAACUCUUCAAAAGGAAUUAAGAGAAAACAGGGCAGUUGGUUUUCACUCGAAAUCAGGAGGUCUCUGGUGUUUCUUGUAUUUCAGAGUGUAUCGGUGGAGUUCGAAUCUCUAUUUGGAACAAGUUAAAGAGGUCGUGUGCGCGCGAUUCUGGAAGUGGUUCUGUUUUGAGGGUUAUAUGUGUUUAUGCACGGGGAAUCAGAUUUAUAUGUCUUCAGGCCGAGAAGAAUUAAACCGAGCUUAUAAACCAAGGAUCUAGCCCAAGACUGUAGAGAUCGACUUCCCGGUGCCUGAUAGACUGCCUUAGUCUGCGGAAGCUUCAUUAUCGAUUGCCAGAGUCAUGCCACCACGUACUGGUAGACGACGCCGACAGAAUCAGGACGGGAUGCAAGGUCCUACCCAAGGUCCAUCUGUAGGGGAAUCUAGUACCCUAGAAGUUCGAGGUGGGGCAGGAAAUGAGCAGUUUGCGAGAACUACACAGUAAAUAGGAAGGCCAGAUAGAGCAGAGCCUAGUGAUCCAGAAAAGGCAUACAGAAUUGAACGACUGAAGAAGUUAGGGGCUACAGUGUUUGAAGGUUCCACAGAUCCAGCUGAUGCAGAGAACUAGUUGAAUAUGCUUGAAAAGUGUUUUGAUGUGACGAAUUGUCCUGAGGAGCGAAAGGUUAGAUUGGCAACAUUUUUGUUGCAAAAAGAGGCUGAAGGAUGGUGGAAAUCUAUAUUAGCAAGACGCAGUGAUGCACGUGCUUUAGACUGGCAGACUUUUAGAGGCAUAUUCGAAGAUAAGUAUUAUCCCAGCACAUACUGCGAAGCCAAGAGGGAUGAAUUUCUGGGGUUGAAACAAGGAUCACUUUCAGUGGCUGAGUAUGAGAGGAAGUAUACCGAGCUUUCACGGUAUGCUGAGGUUAUUAUAGCUUCUGAGAGUGACAGGUGCCGAAGGUUUGAAAGAGGGUUGCGUUUUGAAAUACGUACCCCAGUUACAGCCAUUGUUAAGUGGACGAAUUUCUCUCAGUUAGUGGAGACUGCCCUUCGUGUGGAGCAGAGUAUAACAGAAGAGAAAUCGGCAGUGGAGCUUAGUCGUGGGACUUCAACAGCUAGUGGAUUUAGAGGCCGUGAGCAGCGGAGGUUCACGCCUGGGAUAAAUAUUUCAAGCCGUCAAGAUUUUAAGAAUCGCUCUGGAGGCCAAGCAUCGAGGAAUGUGAGUUAUGGUAGUGUUUUUCAGAGACAGAGCCAGAGAAUACCUAGUCAACCCAUUAGAUCAACAGUAAGAUCGCAACCAGGUCAGGAGUCCAUUGCUAGUACCGUCAGGCGAAUACCAUGCACGAGUUGUGGCAGGAACCAUCGGGGUGAGUGUUUGGUAGGUGCCGGUGGAUGUUACCAGUGUGGACAGCCAGGACAUUUCAAGAAAGAUUGUCCGCAGUUGAACAUGACAGUUCAGAGAGAUCAGGGAGUUGGGUCUCAGACAGUUGAGCAAUCGAGAGUUUCAGUGGUUCCAACAGAGGGCACCAGUGGUGCAAGGCAAAAGGGAGUUGUUGGAAGACCGAGGCAACAGGGAAAAGUCUAUGCUAUGACUCAACAAGAAGCGGAGGACGCACCAGGCAUUAUUACUGGGUACACCUAGUACAACAACGUUUACAAGCACUACGAUGUAGUGGGGCCCGCCCAGCACUUCCAUCGUCUUUGUCGUUGUGGGGCCCGCCUAGCACUCACGACAGCAUCGUUGUUACAGAGUACACUCAACGUCAACAACGAAAUCUAACCAGUGUGCACACGGUAAUCUCUAGCCUCAGGCUCAAGAUCUCAGUCAUGUAGUUAAUGAAAAUUUCGUAAAUCAUCAUAAAAUAUUAAAACAUGCCUGCUUAUAAAUUUUACACAAAGCUCGAACUUCACUCAGCUCUUUCGUGGAAAAUUGUAGUUCUUAAAACAAAACUUCAUACUAAUUCAUGCUUUGCUUAAAAUAUUGUGGUUUAAAUACUUUCCAAACAUUUAAUAUCUACGUGCUAGCAUAAAUUUCUUUAAGAAAUCUAGUCUCCAAAUGUAUACUUGAAAAUAGUCAUGAAAUUCAAAUACCUUUCAUGGCUUCGUAAAUAAACAUUUAUCGCAUUCAAUCAUAAUAACAGUUAUGGAAAAUAUUUCAAAGUUGGUUUUGUCACUCACAGUCUUGGGCUAGAUCCUUGGUCUAUAAGCUCGGUUUAUUUCUUCUCGGCCUGCCAACAACCCAACCGAGUAUUAAAACCCUAAACAUUCUGGUUUCCUAAAGAUAUACAUAACAUGUCGCACCAAAGAUGACGCUCACGAAAACAAAGCUUAAGAAAUAAAAUCCUAUUUCAACAAUUCUCUAAAAUUUCCAGAUUUCUAACAUAAACUUCAAAGGACUAUAACUUUCUCAAUACUUAACCAAAAUGAGUGUUCUUUAUAUCAAACUCUUCAUUUUGAGCUCCUCUAAACUUACCUGAAGACAUAUAAAUCUGAUUCGCCGUGCAUAAACACAUAUUACCCUCAAAACAGAACCACUUCCAGAAUCGCGCGCACACGACCUCUUUAACUUGUUCCUACAAUUUAACCAAUUUUUAGUCGUUUUUGGUUUACAAUUUCUUCAUGAAAGUUGUAGUAAAUUGAAUAAGCUUUCCAACCAUACCAAAUAGAGAUUCUAACGCCACCGAUACACUCUGAAAUACAAGAAAAA